AGAGCCCCUUUUGCUUUCUCUCCAAAAUCCAAGAUUGUUUUGUUUCCUUUUAAACUUCUCUCUUUCUUUAACUUCUCAUUCUUUUAACUAAUAUUGAAGACCGAGAGGGGUUUUCACUUUUGUAUUGAAAAUGUCAGCACAGACACGCCGUUCGUCGUUCUCGUCUUCGACGUCGUCAUCUCUCGCAAAAAGACAUGCGUCUUCUUCAUCAACGGAUAAUGUAGGGAAGGCCACGGCGGUUGCGACUCAUCUGGCCAAGAAACGAGCGCCUCUUGGUGACAUUACGAAUCAAAAGAAUGCUACUCAAAAGGGGUCAAGAAACUCCAUUCCAUCGUCUACUUUGGCACCAUUCUCAAAUAAAAUUGCCAAGGUGAAGAAGGGACCUCCUGCUUCUAAUAGCAGUGCAGGUUUCUCUGGAAAAACUUUACCUGCAUCCUUAAAUGCGAAAUCGAGUACAGGUGGUGCUUGUAAGGUGAUCUCCAACCCAAGAAGAGAUGAAAAUGUCUCUAUUGCUACUGCUGUUUCCAUUCCAUGCUGCAUGGAUGUUUCUCCAAGUAAAUCUGAUGAUUUUUCAAUUUCUCUGGAUGAAUCAAUGUCCACCUGCGAUUCUUUUAAGAGCCCUGAAAUUGAAUAUAUAGAUAGCAAUGAAAUAACAGCAAUUGAUUCUAUCAAUAAGAAGACCUUGAGCAAUCUGUACAUCUCAGAUCAUGUGGAAACUGCAGAAAAUAUGUGCAUCAGAGAUGCAUUUGCUGAUAUGGAAAAAGAAGAUAAAAUUGUUAAUGUUGACGACAAUUACCAGGAUCCGCAGCUGUGUGCAACCAUUGCCUGUGAUAUUUACAAGCACUUGCGUGCAUCUGAGAUGAAGAAAAGGCCUUCCACAGACUUCAUGGAAAGAAUUCAGAAAGACAUAAAUGCCAGCAUGCGUGCAAUACUGGUUGACUGGCUGGUCGAGGUGGCCGAAGAGUACAGGCUUGUACCUGAUACAUUGUAUCUGACAGUGAACUACAUUGAUCGAUAUCUGUCUGGGAAUGUGAUGAACAGACAAAGACUGCAGCUACUUGGUGUUGCUUGCAUGAUGAUUGCUGCGAAAUACGAGGAAAUAUGCGCACCCCAGGUGGAAGAGUUUUGCUACAUUACUGAUAACACGUAUUUCAGGGAUGAGGUUCUGGAAAUGGAAUCAACUGUUUUGAACUCCUUGAAGUUCGAAAUGCCAGCCCCAACAGCUAAAUGUUUUUUGAGGCGAUUUGUUCGUGCUGCUCAAGGAAUCAAUGAGGUUCCAUCAAUGCAGUUGGAGUGCUUGGCCAACUACAUCGCAGAAUUAUCUCUCCUGGAAUAUAGUAUGCUUUGCUAUGCUCCGUCACUGGUAGCUGCCUCUGCCAUUUUCUUGGCCAAAUAUAUACUUCUUCCUACAAAGAGACCAUGGAAUUCCACUUUGCAACAUUACACACUUUAUGAGCCUGUUGAUUUGAGUGACUGUGUAAAGGAUCUCCAUCGCCUGUGUUGUGGAAACCAUAAUUCUACUUUACCUGCGAUCAGGGAGAAAUACAGUCAGCAUAAGUACAAAUUUGUAGCAAAGAAGUACUGCCCUCCUUCAAUACCUGGGGAAUUCUUCCAGAACCUAGGCCCCUAGACUCUUGCUUUGCCUGAAGAAUUCUUCCAAUACUCUGUUGGAUCAGCUUCAAGUGAAUCACCUGCUUUUGGUGGCUCUUCUGGUUCCAAGCAAUGCAGUCCAUACGCAUCACUGUACCAUUUUUUCCAGUAAAAUGUUGUAGCACGUCUGUAGUUUUUUUAGCUUAUCUAGAGUUUUUGCUUUGCCUACUCUUCCGGCAGAGAUUUAUAAUAUUGUAUGAUAUAUCCUUCUUUCUCGUUUAGUUAAUCCAUAGUCAGAAUUUAGCAGGGCUCCAUAAAAUAAUUUUACUUCUCUUUUUCAAUC